CGGCGAUGCCGGGGCCCGGGGCGCGGGCCGACGAGGAGGAGCGGGAGGGCGCGGCGGGGGCGCGGGAGCCGGCGCGGCUGUGCGGGUACCUGCAGAAGCUGUCGGGCAAGGGCCCGCUGCGCGGCUACCGCAGCCGCUGGUUCGUGUUCGACGCGCGCCGCUGCUACCUCUACUACUUCAAGAGCCCGCAGGACGCGCUGCCGCUCGGCCACCUGGACAUCGCGGACGCCUGCUUCAGCUACCAGGGCCCCGACGAGGCGGCGGAGCCCGGCGCCGAGCCGCCCGCGCACUUCCAGGUGCACAGCGCGGGCGCCGUCACGGUGCUCAAGGCUCCUAACCGUCAGCUCAUGACCUACUGGCUGCAGGAGCUCCAGCAGAAGCGGUGGGAGUACUGCAGCGGUCUGGACAUGGUGAAGGGGGACAGCAGGGCCUCCCCGACCCCCGGGGAUUUCUCUAAGGGUCUCGUAGCCAGAGAUAACCCAGAUGUCAUUUGCACACAUCCGGAUGCUUCUGCAGAGAAAGCCAGAAACGUCCUCGCUGUGGAAGCCACCCCUGGAGAGCUGGUAGGAGAAGCAGCAGCUCACCAGCCGGCCCCCGGGCACCCAAAUUCCAUUAAUUUCUCUUUCAAACAGUGGGGCACUGAGCUCAAAAACUCCAUGUCAUCUCUCCGUCCUGGCAGAGGACAUGGCGACAGUCGGAAGAGUGUGUUUUAUACCAACGAAGAGUGGGAGCUCUUAGACCCGAACCCCAAGGAGCUAGAGGAGUCCAUGGCACAGGAAGAGAGGAAGAAGCCGGCUCCGGAAGGAAACAAAGGAGUCGCUGGCUCAGGAUUUCCCUUUGAUUUUGGACGUAUUCCCUACAAAGGGAAGCGCCCUUUGAAAGACAUGAUCGGAUCGCACAGGAACCGGCACGUCAGCGGCGAGCCUUCGGCAGAUGGGACGCAGGGCGCGGCCGCGAUCAGGCCGCUGGCCGGGGUGCAGCUGCAGGUCCAGAGCCAGCAGGAGGAGCUGGAGCGGCUGCGGAAGGACCUGUCCAGCCAGAAGGAGCUCGUGCGGCUGCUGCAGCAGACAGUCCGGUCCUCCCAGUAUGACAAGUACUUUGCCAGCACCCGGCUCUCUGAGGGGGUCCCGAAGGACGCGCUUGAGCUUCUGCACCGCAAGGACGACCAGAUCCUGGGCCUGAGCAGCCAGCUGGAGCGGCUCUCCCUGGAGAAGGAGAGCCUGCAGCAGGAGGCCCGCACGCUCAAGGGCAAGGUGGGCGAGCUCAGCGAGCAGCUGGGCAUGCUGCUGGAGACCAUCCAGGCCAAGGACGAGGUCAUCAUGAAGCUCUCACGGCGGCUCAGCGAGGGCGCGGAUGGCCCGGCCCCCACUGCAGGGGCGCCCGGCUCCCCGGCCCCCGCCAGCAGGGAGCAGCUGGAGCUGGACAGGCUGAAAGAUAACCUGCAGGGGUACAAAACCCAGAACAAGUUCCUCAACAAGGAAAUCCUGGAGCUCUCGGCGCUGCGGAGAAAUGCGGAGAGGAGGGAGCGGGAUCUGAUGGCCAAGUAUUCCAGCCUGGAAGCCAAGCUGUGUCAGAUGGAGAGCAAGUACCUGAUCCUGCUGCAGGAGGUCAAGACGCCCGUGUGCUCUGAGGAACCAGGCCCGGCACGCGGCGUCAUCGCGCAGCUGCUGGAGGACGCCCUGCAGGCCGACGGCCCGGAGCAGCCGGGGCAGGCACUUGUGAAGCCUCGUCUCGUCAGUGAGUACGACAUCUACGGGUUUAGGACCGUCCCAGAGGACGACGAGGAGGAGAAGCUGGUGGCCAAGGUCCGAGCGCUGGACCUGAAGACCUUGCACCUCACGGAGAACCAGGAGGUGUCCACCGGGGUCAAGUGGGAGAACUACUUUGCGAGCACGAUGAACAGGGAGAUGGCGUGCUCCCCGGAGCUGAAGAACCUGAUCCGGGCCGGCAUCCCACACGAGCACCGUUCCAAGGUGUGGAAGUGGUGUGUGGACCUGCACGCCAGGAAGUUCAAGGACAGCACCGAGCCCGGGUACUUCCAGACGCUGUUGCAGAAGGCGCUGGAGAAACAGAACCCGGCCUCCAAGCAGAUUGAGCUGGACCUGCUGCGGACCCUGCCCAACAACAGGCACUACUCCGGCCCCACGUCGGAGGGCGUCCAGAAGCUGCGCAAUGUGCUGCUCGCCUUCUCCUGGCGGAACCCUGAUAUCGGCUACUGCCAGGGUCUGAACAGGUUGGUGGCAGUGGCCCUUCUGUAUCUGGAGCAGGAAGACGCUUUCUGGUGUCUCGUCACCAUAGUGGAGGUGUUCAUGCCGCGAGACUAUUACACGAAGACACUGCUGGGGUCCCAGGUGGACCAGCGCGUGUUCCGGGACCUCAUGAGCGAGAAGCUGCCGCGGGUGCAUGCGCACCUAGAACAGCACGGUGUCGACUACACCCUCAUCACGUUCAACUGGUUCCUGGUGGUGUUCGUGGACAGCGUCGUCAGCGACGUCCUCUUCAAGAUCUGGGACUCUUUCCUUUACGAGGGCCCGAAGGUCAUUUUCCGGUUUGCGCUGGCGCUUUUCAAGUACAAGGAGGAGGAGAUCCUGAAGCUGCAGGACCCAAUGUCCAUGUUCAAAUACCUGCGCUACUUCACGCGCACCAUCCUGGAUGCCCGGAAACUGAUCAGUAUCUCCUUCGGGGACCUGAACCCGUUCCCCCUGCGCCAGAUCCGGAACCGGCGCUCCUACCACUUGGAGAAGGUGCGGCUCGAGCUCACGGAGCUGGAGGCCAUCCGUGAGGACUUCCUGCGUGAGCGGGACGCCAGCCCUGACAAGGGCGAGCUGGUCAGUGACGAGGAGGACACCUGAGCGCCCCCCACCCCAGGACGCUGCUCUUGCCUUCACAACCAAAGUGUGCCAGAGGGUCCCAGCAGGGGUCUCUGCUCUCGGGAAGCCGGAAGGCAGUG